AUGUUGCGGACAUACAUUUCAGAAAAUCAAUUGGACUGGGACCAGUACGUUUCGGCUUGCACCUUCAUGUAUAACACGUCGCAUGAUUUACAGCGACAAACCCUUUCUUUCGAUGAAUCGCAACUCUAUCUCCAGAACCUUGUUGCCUCUCUACACGCAGCAUGGCGAGCUGCGGCUAGGUUCAAUGCGACUCGCCGGGAAGGCUAUAAACGCCAAUACGACCGCACGCACCUCGCGCCCCUCUCCAUCAAAGUCGGUGACCUGGUAUACCUCCGCAAUUUUGCACCCUCGCGUGUCAUCUCGGUACCGAAAAAGUUCCACAUGAACCAAGUCAAACUCUGCAAUCUCCUUUCGGGACCUGUUUUCACUACUCCUUGGUUACCCGAAGUAGAGGAUUUGGCUCUUUCAGUCGUUGAGGCCACAUAUCAACCCAUAGACGGUUAUAACCAUACGGUAAACCCGACAGUAUUGUGUUUUCGUUUACGUAUGGAUAACGACCCGUCGUCGUCGCCUCCUGAUCGUGGACCGGAUCAAGUAUCCAGGUACACUGCUGAGUCUAGCCGAGAUACGGCGCCUUUUCGGAAUAGUUCCGGUCCUUCCCUCACUGAGAGCGGGGCAGAUUCUUCUCAGGUUUCUGUUGGCAUGUACUUGGAGAUGUCGGUGGAGUCCUCUCCUCACGACCCGGAGCCCAUGGACACCACUCCGGUAUCUUCUGACAUUUCAGGACCGGAUCAUCAGCAGGACGAAACUCUGUCCGGUGCCGAUACGGGGCCGGCUCACAGCGAAACGUCCCACGCUGCUAGCACUCUCGCUCCAACCCAAGAAAUUUCGUCCGCUCCUUUGUCACCUUUCAGUGGACGUUCUUCGUCGGCUCACUCAUCUUCCGCGUCAUCUGUCACCAAACCCGUGGCAGGGCUGACCACCUCAAUGGAGCAGCUGGCCGUCACAUUGUCCGCGCCAUCUGAACACCAGUCGUCCUCGAAGCCGCCUAUGAAGUCCGCUCGUUCAUCUUCAGGUCAUCGCAAACCAUCUUCCGAAGCGACGAGCAGCAGCGCGGGUCUCGGUGCUUCUCGUGGGAUUCCCCGCGGCACCACUCGCGGCCUUGCUCGCAGCGCUUCUAGGGCAUCAACUUCUCGUUCGGCUGCCGCACAGCCAGCAGCUGGUCGUCCUUCUUCUUCUCGGUCCCACCCAGCUCCAUCUCGGGCCCGCUCGGCCUCCGUUUCCGGAGCAGUUCAAGCGAGAGGAGGACGCCGUUCGCGUCCUCGUCCGCUCCGUCGGUUCUACCACAGGUUAACACCAGCCAGCUCCCUCGUGAGACACCCGAGGGUUACACUAAUUACCUGGAUGCUCAUCAUCCAUGGGCGAAGUAUAUCAACCCUCGCCCCGUUCACAUGUUCAGAGAAGCUGUACCGCGUGUGA